AUGGACGCACACACACUCAACGCAUGGACGCGCUUCGCCCUCCAAAAGGGGGGCAUCGGCUCAUGCACCGCCCUCAUCGACAAUCCCGCCACCGAGCCAGAGGAUCUCAUGUUCAUGGCCGGCGAGAAAAUCAUCGUCCUUCGCAGACUCGAUGACGAAGCGCUCGACGGCGUUCCUCGUCCUACCAGCAGCACGAGCGCAUCGCUCAACAAGAGGAAGAGCGACCUGCUCCCGGACUCGGACGCUUGGUUCCUCGGCUACUGCGAGGGCGUCGUAGGCCGCUUCAAGGGUGCCCACGUUCAGUUCCACGCACGACUCAAAAAGCCCGUCCUGAUGCGACGCAGCGGCGCAGGCGGCAUUCGCGACUCGAGCAUGCGUCCCAUGUCCAAGAGUGAGGCCGCCAAGAUGCAUCUUUCCCAGGUUCCAGCCGGCAUUCCAUUCACAUCCGUCGAUUCCGACGGCGAGGAGGACUCUGUCAUCUUGUCGCCCGUCGAUCGUCGUCCACAGGCCAUGCCUCUGCCGACCAUGCCAUCGAACAAACCUUCUGCUUCAUCUUCUUCGAUUGCUGCAGCAUCGUCGUCGUCAUCAGCAGCUGCGCCCGCCAUCAAGCAAGGCAGAUUCGGUCUCACCACACCGCCACUCUCAGAUGAAGGCCACCUUCGUAAGCAGUCCAAUCCGCGUAGGCUCGCACCGGAAAAUGAUGAAGACUCCGACGACUCGACGUCGCUCCUUCCUUGGGCCAGACACAGUCGAGAAAGCAGCCUGGCAUCGUCCUCGAGUCCUCGCAAGCCCACCGCUCCUCCUACACGCAAUGACUCGCUCGCUCGACCCGCCGCGCCCGUCCGAACUUCAUCCGCUUUUUCGCAGGACUACGCAGCCCACGCGCAAGCACCCCACACACUUCCCACCAUCCACCACCUCCCGCCAUCGCCCAUCUCAUCAAGCGAGUCGCCCGUGCAUGCCGAGUCGAAAGCCGCGCUCCCUUCCUUCACCACCACGUCCAGCUCUCGCUCCAACUCUCGUUCGGGCAACACCUCGGCCGACACAACCGUCACGGCCAACAGCACCGUCGCCGACCUGGCAUCGCGCACAUCGUGCACGUCGUCCAACAGCACCACUUCGACCAACGACGACUCAGACGACGAGAACGGCGCAGGUGGUCGCCGCAGAGACUACACCUUCUCCAUCUACGACGUUUACGGGCGCGAUUCGGUUGCAUUCCCCAACUUUGACUUUCGCCAGUACGGCAGCAAGUCUUCGCUCGCCAAGCUCGCCGCUUCCAGGUCCAGCGAGUCGCUCAACGUACCUGGCCAGCGUUCGUCGAGCGCCACCGACGAAAGGCUGCAGCUGCCGCCGUCGCCGCAGCAGCGCGGCCAGCAUCUUCGUACACAGCAGCCGCUGUCCGGGGACGACGCAUCGAGGACAUCGCAACAGCAAGCACAAUCGUCACAGCAGAGCGCUGCAGGUAUGACUGCGAACGGCUAUCCACGCCGACCGGGCCAGCUCAAUGUGCCCGCGGCCAAUGACGCGUCCAUCCCGCUGGCGUUGCGCUCACCGUCCGGACGACGUCCCAGUGCGGCUCCCGACCCGAGGUAUGCAGGACCCGCUGGUGUGCGUGGGCCAGUCAAUGUGGCGUCCAGUCUGCGCCGUCAAGUCGAGACACCACCUGUCGCCACGGCGGCCGCAGUUGUUUCGCCUCUGGAUGCUGCAGGCGCCGCUCUGGCUCCAAAUGCUGCGCACCGUGGACCAGGCGCGUUCGAUCCGCUCCGACGUCCAUCGCAGACCACCGCAGUCCCAACUCGCAUGCAGCCGAACACGCUGCCUCGCAUCCACACCGGAUCGACGCCCACGUCGACCGCCUCUGGCUCCGGCUCGUCGCCGCCGGUAUCCGCUGGCGCCAACAACAGCCAGGAUUCUGGCGCGAUGCAUCGACCUGGCUUUGCAGAGGCGCGUCAACGUCGCAGGUCCUUGUCGGUGGGGAUGCAGAACAAGGUCGAGAACCUUGCAUUGCACGAGGAUGCGCACGCAAAAACGGCAGCGCCGUUGCCAUCGCCUGGGCAGCCCAACGGACCUGGCUCGGCUGGCACAGCUCGACCCAACUUCCGCACCUCGGCCGGUUCUUCUCGCUCGCGCACCGGUCCGUCCACAUCGCCCGGCCUUGGUCCCGUGCGGGCAUCGUCGGACCGAUUGUCGGAGCGCGAGAGGGUGCACUCUGGCCAAGGCUCGGGUCUGCUGCGGAAGAAUCCAUCGAAUCCUACUCCCGGCCUUCAUGGCGGCAGUGGGCUUCACGCUCUUGCUCCCAUGGCAGCACCGAGGAGUGCCAGUCCGAUGAGCCAGCUCAGCGCACCAUCUCCUGUCAUGGAUGGUCCGCGACGUGGAAGCGCUGCCAGCGCCGGCGCGUACUCGACAGGUCCUCGCAGCCCGCAAGCACGCAGUCCGCUUGGUAUGCCCAUGGGUGCGCUGCCAUCGUCAGCGCCCACGACGCCGGGCAGUGGUGGAUCGCACCCCAACGGCAUGUUCGGCUUCCCGGCUUCGCCUGGCUCUGUGACGAGCCCUGGCGGCAUGGGCCAACGAUUCGAUGCAAUGGGCUUUGUCGUCGCACCUGGCGUUGUGCCCUCGAUGCCGCCGAGCGACGACCCGGAGCUGCGCGAAAAGUGGCUCGCGGUGCUCGCCGAGAACGACGUGUCGGCUGCGCUCAAGAGCAGGAAGGUCAAGAAGCUGGUGCGCACGGGCGUUCCCGCUUCGGUGCGACGCGAGGUGUGGCUCUUCCUGGCAAACGCUUCGGUGCGUCGUCGACCUGGACUUUUCGAACAGCUCUGCAAGACCUCGAACGGUCCCAAAGGCAAACGCGGCAAGGAGGAGGCGUACGACACGAUCGAAAAGGAUCUUCACCGCACCUUGCCCGACCACCGUCUGUUCAUGGGCGAAAAUGCGACUGGCCGAGCCGACCUGGAAGGCAUCCUCAAGUCGUACGUCCACUUCAACCCCAUGCUCGGCUACACGCAGGGCAUGGGUCUGCUGGCUGCGUUUUCGCUCAUCCAGAUGCCAGCCGAGGACGCGUUCUGGCUGCUGUGUGCGGUGCUUCGAAACCCGCAGAUGGAAGAGUACUACUCUGCAGGGAUGAAGCAGCUGCACGUCGACAGCGUCGUGUUCGACAACCUGCUCAAGACCAUGGAUCCGGAACUGCACGCUCGAUUCGAUCAGGCGGGUUUGCAGUCGAUCAUGUUCACGCCCAACUGGUUCCUGCCGCUCUUCACACGCGUGCUACCCUGGACGACGCUGCUUCGGGUCUGGGACGUGUUCUUCUACGAAGGACCGACGUGGAUGCUUCGCGUCGCGCUGGCGAUCGUACGGAUCCUUCGGGAGCAGCUGAUGGAUCAGCAAGCUUGCCCGACGGCGGGCGAGAUGCUGCAGCUGCUUCUGCAUCCGCCUGCGCACAACUUGACGGUGGAGAACGUGUUGAACUGCGCGUUCAGCGUCAAGCUCAAGGAUGGAGAGAUGAGGAAGUUGAGCAGGACGGCGAGCAAGCUGGUUCGUGAAAAGCAGUUUUUGAGCCAGCCUGCGGAUGCGAGAGGAAGGGCGUCGGUGAGGAGGACGGUGAAGGGGGCAAGGAGUACGAGUGCUCCGGCCAAGAGGUGA